AUGCCUACAUCUCAGAUUCAACAAGCUCCUAUAUUUCAGACUCAACAAGCUUCUAUAUUUCAGAAUCAACAAAUGCCUACAUCUCAGAACCAACAAAUACUUAUAUCUCAGAACCAACAAAUAUAUAUGUCUCAGAAUCAACAAAUACAUAUAUUUCAUAACCAACAAAUGUAUACAUCUCAAAACCAACAAACACAAGAGCAUACGUCUCAAAACCAACAAAUACAAGAAAAUAAUAAAGAACAAAUGAUACAGACUAAGAAUAAUUAUUAUAAUCAAGCAAUCGGACAAUUUGAAGAAAAAGACGAAGAAGUAUCAGUGCUAAUUGCAAAAAAACAAAUAUAA